AUGCUCAACGACGCCGAGGCCGACGAUUCUAGUCUUGUGGGCGUAUAUGCAGCAGGCUUCAAUGCCUUUGGCCAGCUGCUGAGCGACGUGAGGGGCGACGGCGCCUACCGCAAGUUGCCAAUUUCAACCACCGAUAGUCGAAUUGUAUUUACUGGCUGGAGCACAACAGUCAUUCAUAUUGAAUCGCAUAUUUUCGGUCAUGGCAAUGUGAAAUGGGACCAAGCCCUCCCGGAUAAUUGCACCAAGUUGCAUUCCGCAUUUGGCGACCACAAUGGUCUCAGCGGUGUUCUCGACCACCUUGGCCGCCUCUACGUGGUUGAAGAUAUUAACUCGUCCCAACACAUCGUCGUCGCUCGAGGGCAAGAAACCGAAGGCUUGCAUCCUAUUGCACAUAUCGCGAUGGCCAGUAAUGGCCAUGUAUCCGCUGUGAUGCAAGAACAGAGCCCAACAAAUGAUAUCUGCCGAGUCGUACAGUUCCCGUCACUGUCUUCGUUUUUGUGCUGGUAUCGAGGGAUGCUAGAGGAUUUCACACCGCCGACACACUACAAUGAGCUACUCGGCUCAGCGCUUGAGUUGGUCGCAAACACUGCAGGGUUCGUGCUGUUGAUGCAGAGUGGGCAAGUGUAUACCUGGGGUGAUCCACGGCACCAAUCACUUGCCAGGUCAGUCGCGGACCAGGAUGCUUGUCCUGCCGACCAGCCAGGUGAAGUCAUAGCAUUGGGUGGGCUUCAAAUUGCCAAGAUCGCAGCAGGCGGCUGGAUGGCUGCAGCACUUUGUCGCGAUGGCGCACUGUAUCUAUGGGGUGCCAAUACCCCAGGACGUGAUGGUCAGCUCGAAGUCCUGCGCGGACUGGGACCGGACGAGGUAGCUCUUGUCCAGUUGACCGAUUCCGAGGAUCAGGACGUGAUUCGUGUCUCUAUCGGUGAGAACCACGUCGCUGUCAUAACACAAAGCGGGGCGGUUUUUGUGGCUGGAGAGAACAGGGACGGUCAGCUCGGAUUGCAGAUAUCGGAUGUGUUUCAUCCUGGGUGGGUACAGGUUCCGCGAUUCCGUCGAGCUAGGGAAGUCCUGUGUGGGCCGAAAUGCACGAUCGUGUGGGCAUAA